UCGUCUUUUCAUAUCGCUUCCCUAUAUGUACUCUUCCCCUCAUCUCCAUCUCAGAUCCCCGCCCACAAACACUCUACACAAUGUCCCCGUCACCAACAGAGAACGCCCCAACCAACCUCGAAGAACUCGAGGAGCUGUUGAAGAACGACAACAAGGUCAAAGUAGCAGGCGUGGAUGUUGAAGGUGUGCUCAGAGGCAAGAUCAUGAGCAAGGCAAAGCUGCUUUCAUCGGUCAAGUCUGAAGGCUUCAACUUUUGUAGCGUUAUCUUUGGAUGGGAUAUCCAUGACCAGGCUUACAACAAGGAACUCCUUGUCGCCAACUGGGAUAAUGGAUAUCGUGAUUUGUUCGCUGUUAUCGACCUUUCUACCUUUCGCCGAUUGAAAUGGGAAAAGGAUAUUCCUUUUUUCUUGUGCCGAUUUGUCAUUCCGGAAACGGGAGAAGUCCUCCCUGUUGACCCCAGAAGCCUGAUUGCAAAGGUCACGGACAAGGGGGAAGCUAUGGGGUACAAGUGCAUGAGUGGUGCCGAAUUCGAAUACUUUCAGUUCGCCGAAACUACCAAAUCAUUGGCAGACAAGAAUUUCAGGAAUCUAAACCCUCUUACCCCUGGCAUGCACGGUUAUUCUAUCUUACGGCCUACACUUAAUAUGGACUAUUUCCACGAUCUGUAUGACAUGGCCGUUAACUUUGGAAUCGAGGUCGAAGGACAUCACACGGAAACCGGCCCCGGAGUGUUUGAAACCGCACUCGGAUACACUGAUGCUUCCAGAAUGGCCGAUAAUGCCUGCUUAUUCAAGCUUGUCGCCAAGAGCAUCGGUAUGAAAUACGGUAUCUCUCCUACUUUCAUGGCUAAACCUUGGGGAGAUCUUCCUGGAUGCUCUGGCCACAUUCACGUUUCACUGCAAGACAAGAACGGCAAAAACAUCUUUGCAGUCUCUGAUGAGGAGGCGGCCAAUGGUGGCAGAAAGGACGCUGCUUUCGAGGACCUCAAGUAUCUAUCACAAGAAGGAGAGUGGUUCCUGGCCGGCUUGCUUGAAGGCAUGCCUGACGUGGUGCCGAUGUUCUGCCCUACCAUCAACUCCUACAAACGGUUACAAGGGGGACAGGCUAUGUGGGCUCCUGACACAGCGACAUACGGCUAUGACUCUCGAGCAGCCUCUGUACGAUUACUCACGGCCCCAGGCGUGCCGGGUUAUGCUACCCGAUUUGAAGUUCGAGUACCCGGUGCCGACAUGAACCCUUACUUUGCCAUGUCAGCCAUCUUCGCUCUCGGUCUUCGUGGUAUUGAGCAAAAACGAGUUUUGCCUUACGGCCCCAUCGGCUCUUCCGGCGUCUCUCGCGAUACUGUGAAGCACCUUCCUACAUCGUUGGACAGUGCAACGGAGGCAUUUAUGAAAAAGGAUAGUUUAGCGAGAGAGGUUUUUGGUAACUUUUUUGUGGACCAUUACGGAGGGACCAGGGAGCACGAGGUUGAGCUGCAUAGAAAGGCUGUUACUGAUUGGGAGGUUGCUCGUUACUUUGAGUUGGUGUAAGAAUGGGUUGCUGUAGGGUUAAAUUAAGGGUAAAUGGCUCGUGUUUCCGGCGGUUGUGGACGAGCCGGAUGAACUGGUCUUUAUUACGUACAUUUAAAAUGCCCCUCUCUUGCCACUUCUAACCUUCAUCAGCACGAUACUGAUGCUGUUGUCCUACUUUGCAAAAAUUCCCCUUUUUUCUUGGUUCUCAACUCUGACCAUGCUGUCGAAGACUAUUCAGUCACAAUCUUAGUAGAAGCAGACCCUUUCUGAUAUCGAAGGAAGCAGAAGAAAAAAAGGUCAGGAGAAGUUCUCGGGCAGUGCCGAUAUUAGGCUAGUUAGGUCCCGAACUUCCUGCCUUGCAUUCACUACAAGCCAGAAAAGAGACGAAGCGCGGACGGAGGUUGAUGCAUGAUGUAAAACACC